ACUGCGCCGCGGGACCGCCAUGCCCGGCCGCCUGCUGCGGGGCCUGUGGCAGCGAUGGCGCCGUUACAAGUACCGCUUCGUUCCCUGGAUCGCGCUGAACCUAAACCACAACCCCAGGACCCUCCGAUAUGUUCCAGAGGAAUCCAAAGACAAAGUUAUCUCAGAUGAAGAUGUCCUAGGAACAUUACUGAAAGUUUUCCAGGCUCUAUUCAUAAAUGAUCUCAAUAAGCAAUCAGAUAUCUUGACUAUGCUUCCAGAAACUGUUAAAUCAAACUAUCAGGACCUACUGUCAGUUCAACAUCCAAGGGUGAAACUGCUUGAAUACAGACAUCAACAGCAAAAUAACUUUAAGCCAGAAGAGAUUCUUUAUAAGACAUUGGGUUUCAGUGUUGCCCGAGCAACUAGCUCAUUGGUUUCUGCUGGAAAAGGUGUCUUCGUUACCAGAGGAUUGGUACCAAAAGGCGCGGUUGUAUCUAUGUAUCCUGGUACAGUAUAUCAGAAGUAUGAGCCAGUUUUUUUCCAAUCCAUUGGAAAUGCAUUUAUUUUUAGAUGCCUGGAUGGGGUACUCAUUGAUGGAAAUGACAAAGGAAUAUCAAAAGUUGUAUACAGAUCUUGCAAUGGGAGGGAUCGACUUGGUCCCUUCAAAAUGAGUGAUAGUACUUGGCUAACAUCAGAAAUUUGUAAUCCACUGGCUGUAGGGCAGUAUGUCAACAAUUGUUCAAAUGACAGAGCAGCUAAUGUCUGCUAUCAAGAAUUUGAUGUGCCUGCAGUUUUCCCUAUAGAGCUGAAGCAGUAUCUUCCAAACAUUGCCUACAGCUGUGACAAACAAAGCCCACUUCGAUGUGUCAUUCUUGUAGCACUCAGGGACAUCAAACAAGGAGAAGAGCUUUUUUCAAAUUACUAUACAAUUGUCAGCUAACUGUGAAUUAGAAAGUAGGUUUUCUACUCAGCUGUUAACUCUAAAUGUUUUUGUUAAUUUUAUCUCCUAGUUCCACCUAUAGAACAAAUAUUUUGAGGCCUAAUUAGAAUGUGAAUUUUUUGUUAUUGAUACUGUGUUUUUGAUAAAAGCUAUUUGCUUCAUUACAACUUCAAAUUUGUAAUGCAAUUUCAAUUUUAAUUGGCUUUCCCCUACACAGUAGCUUAUUAAAACCUACUGCCUGAACUUAAAUUUUCAAUUUUUCUUUAAUUUUGUAUAUCUUUGUGGUGGUUUAUAAAAUUUCAGCCAAGCCAUCAUUUUAACUGUAUUUUUAUGUAAUAAACU